AGUGUUUGGUUUGGUCUCUUCCCUGGCUCAAUGGACGGAGGAGGAUCCCAAACGGCCGCCAAGGCCCAUAGGAAACCCACUUCAGGUGGGAAGGCAAAAAAGAAGAGAGAGAAGACGAAUGUUGAACGCCACAACCCGAAAGCCUUCACCUUCUCUGGUGGCAUUCAUAGUGUCCAGCGUCGUGUGCAGAGAGGAUUGGAUGUGAAAGCCAAGAGAGAGAAAAUUGAGAAGAUGGAUAAGCGCCCCGAAGGAGUGGAGGCUCCACCGUAUGUUGUGGUAGUACAAGGCCCACCAGGGUGCGGUAAGACGACGCUUAUUCGAAGUCUGGUGAAACACUAUACUAAGACAACGCUGGGGGCAACUAUCGAGGGCCCAAUCACCGUGGUAUCUGGCCGUAACCGCCGUUUGACGUUCAUAGAGUGCCCGGCUAAUGACAUGCGAGCCAUGAUUGACUUAGCGAAAGUGGCUGACUUGGUUUUACUCAUGGUAGACGCCGUGAGGGGGUUCGAAAUGGAGACCUUUGAAUUCAUCAACAUCAUGCAGGUCCAUGGCUUUCCACGUAUACUCGGCAUCCUUACUCACUUGGAUGGGUUCAAAGAAUCCAAGAGUAUUCGCAAGAUGAAGAAACGGUACAAGGCUAGGUUUUGGGCGGAGCUCUACGAUGGUGCUAAGAUGUUCUAUUUGAGUGGUAUCCAAUAUAGUGGGACGCGUUAUAACAAGACGGAAGUCACCAACUUGGCGAGGUUCAUCGCUAUCCAGAAAUUCGCUCCUUUAUCGUGGCGUCAGAAUCACUCUUAUCUUGUGGCCCACCGUUGGGAGGAUCAAACGCUUGUGCCUGAUAGUGACACCAGGACCUUGGCACUCUAUGGGUAUGUGUCGGGCAGUAGACUACGUACGGAGGGCCAGGCCUUCCACAUAGCUGGUGUUGGCGACUUCCCGGCCGCCUCCGCAACGGUGGCCCUCGACCCCUGCCCGCCUCCUACCAACCAGAACCCGAAGAUGAAGGGCCUGGCCUUGAGGACCCUGAGUGACAAGCAGAGGAACCUUUAUGCGCCCUAUUGCGAGCAUCAGCAUAUUACUGUGGACUCGGAGGCGAUGUACAUCAAUACUCGAGAGGCUGAGGAGAGCUUCACGAGGAAGGAAGAGGAGGAGGAUGAGAGUACUGACGAUGAGGAAGCCGGCGAGGGAAUGUCCAGUGAUGAUGAUGAUGAGGAGGAGGAGGAAAUGGACCCCAGCGAGGCUGUGAAGAUGGUCCGUGAGCUCCAGGAUGUUAAGCUGGACCCGAACGAUAGAGAUGCGCCUUUGCCGUUGGUGGCGGGCGGGGCUGCAGUUCCUCCUACUAGAAGGCUCGCUGAGGAGGAGGAUGAAGAGGAAGAUGACGAAGACGGACCCGUUGAAGAUGACGAGGAGGAUGAGGAGGAGGAAGAAGGAUAUGUGAACCCGUUCUUGGAGGUCUCUGAUAAACUAGACGCUGUGGCCCGGGGGUUCCAGUCAGUGGAGGAGGACGACGACACUGAGGGGUCCUCGGCCGCCGCCUUCACUUCGGCUCAGUGGGAUGCCUACGUAUAUGGAGAAUCAUCAGGCUUGCCUCAUGAGAAGAAGGUGAAGGCUCCCGAAGAAGAGGGGAAGGUGCAGCUCUUCGAUGAUGAUGACGACGAGGAAGAGGAUGAGCAAUAUGGUGAAGUUGAUGACGAUACCGACACUGCGAGACCGAAGGAGACCUUCGUUGUGGAGGAAGAGGGAGAGCUCGAAUCGGAGGCUUAUAUUAGACAGUUGAGAUGCAGACGCUUUUUCGUGGCUAAGAACAUCACUAAGGAACUGGAAGGAGAGAUGAAGGGAGGAUCGACUAGUGCUGAUGGUGCCAUAGAUGUGGAGGCUGAGCGACAAGCUAAUGCUGAGGCUAAGGAGAAGGCAGCUAUGGAAGAACAUAAGGGUGAUGAUGAUGAAGAAGAGGAUGAGGUAGUAGUAGUAGUAGUAGUGAGCCCAGUGAGUAGUGUCUCUAUGUGUAUCCGUGCUCAGGACACGGCUCGACUGAGAGGUGUUGUGGCGUCUAAGUCCGAGUUGGAUGAAGUGCGCGACUUCAGCGCUGAUGAUGGUACUCUUGCUAUCGGAACUUAUGCCAAGCUCGUAUUCGAGAAUGUACCGGCUGAGUCGGUGGAGGCUUUGAAAGAUAGGAAGUGGCCGUUGAUUUUGGGCUCGUUGCUACCGAGUGAAAUGAAAAUGGGAUUCAUUCAAAUGAGAGUGAAGCGUCAUCGUUGGCAUCCUAAGAUCCUCAAGACUAGAGAUGUUCUGCUGUUCUCUGUGGGGUGGAGGAGAUUCCAGGGUCUUCCUAUCUAUGCUCUCGAGGAUCGGAACCAUAGUCGUGUUAGGAUGCUGAAGUAUACUCCUGAGCACAUGCAUUGCCUCGCUACUGUGUAUGGUCCCAGCAUUGCCCCUAAUACAGGAGUGUUGGCUAUUCGUAAUUGGAAGGCUGUGCCCAGCUAUAGGGUGGCCCUUACAGGCCAGGUGAUGGAGUCCGCUGAGAAGUUCGACAUCGUCAAGAAGUUGAAGAUGGUCGGUGAACCCACGAAGGUGUUCAAGAACACAGCUUUCAUCAAAGGCAUGUUCAACUCCGAUUUGGAGGUAGCCAAGUGCAUCGGAGCGAAGAUACAGACGGUCUCGGGUAUUCGUGGUGAAAUCAAAAAGGCGCACAAGUCUGGUGGAGACUUCCGCGCGGGUUUUGAGGAUAAGAUCAAGAUGUCCGACUUGGUCAUGUUGAAGGCGUGGGUCAACGUCCCCUUGCCGAAGUUCUACAACCUCAUGUUGGACGUGCCGGAGUGGCGCAGGAUGAGGACCAUCGCGGAGCUACGACGGGCUACUAGUAUGCCUAUACCAAACAAGCUGGACUCUAGUUAUGGUCAGGGAAAGCAGGAGAGAGUGGAUCGCAAGUCCACGCCGUUGAAUAUACCGGAUUCCCUCAAAAAGCAGUUGCCCUUCAAGAGCAAGGCUAAGGUCCAAGAAGCAAAGGAGAGGACCAAACUCGACAAGAAGGCUGCCGUUGUUCGUAGUAAAGAGGACAAGGAGGUUGCCUCUCUGCUACAGAGACUGUAUACUAUUCGUCAGCAGCGUACCAAGCAACGCAGAGAGGCUAAUGAGAGGAGGUGGGCGAAGAAGAAGGCGGCCCAGCAUGAAGUCGAAGUCAUUCGAGAGGACAACGCUAAGGAGAACCGCAAGAAGAGAUAUGUUAAGGAAGGCAUGCGUCAGGAGCAGCAAAAGAAACGCAUGCGGCUGGACCGAGCUGAUUAGUAAUCCGUUCGAGAGCGGCUUCACAACGUCUAUUCUACACGUAUUUACCACCGUAUCGACUUGAAAGUUUCUACUAGGAUGAG